AUGUCUGCCGCUAUGUCGCUUGCCGUAUUUGAUAUCUCCAAGGUUGUUGAGAAUGGUGUCGAGAUCACCCCUGAGAUUGACCCCUCAUCAGGUACAAUCAGGUAUGUCGCGCUUGCUGUCGUUUGCUGUGCUGGUCUAGACAAACACACUCCUAGCCACCCCAAGCCUUUCAAGUGCUCUAUUAAGCCCCGUUCUGCUCAGUCCCUUGCGCUCAUCCAGGAAGAUGCUUAGUACCUCGGGGGGAUACCUGGAGAACAACGCAGGGAUACAUCCGUUGCCUUGGGUUGCAACUUCAUCUGACAAUGCGUCAUAUUUUGUAUCUUGCACUCAGAGGAUGUGCAAGAUGAUUGGUCGUGUAUUUCGAUAUCGUAUAUUUAUGACAUCUUACUUCAUCUUGUUGGAAUAAUCUACAAUGUGCGAAUGAUAUUUCUGUGAAUCUGCCGUAGUUUAGAUAUCCACGUGGUCACUGCCAGUGCCUUCGCUACAAU